AUGCGCAAGAAAAACCACAAUUUUAUGAACAAGAUAAAAGAGAUGCCGAUUGUUGAAGAAGUUGUUGAGAAGCUUGAUCCGAUUCUUAACUUCGAUGAUGAUGAUAUGUUGGAUAAGCUGAAUCCUCUAGAUAAGUUCUCGGACAAACUAAAGGAUUGGAAAAAUAAAUUGAAGCCAAAGUUACCGCCAGGUCUUCAGAAGUUGUGGGAUGACGUGAAGAGAGGUGAAGAUUUGAUGAAAAAAGCAGAAGGUCUUCUUGGAUUCUCUCUUCCUGGUGGUCUCAAUGGGUUCUUAAAUGAUCCAUAUGGCUCAAACGAACCAUAUGGGCCAAAAGAGCUUUAUGGUAUUAAUGGGAAAUAUGGUCCUGAUGGGUUCUUUGGACCAAACUCUCAAAUUGGUCCUUAUGGGCCUAAAGAGAACACUCCAUUUGGAAGUAAGGGAACUCAUGGAUUGAAUGGGAUAUUUGGACCAAGCAAGAUUAAGUGUCAGGAGACCAUUCAAGAAGUGUACGGGAAGUUUAAAGAAAAGUUUGUGGACUUGUUAAAAGAUAAUAUUCCUGUAAAAUUGAAAGAUUUGUUUGGUGGAAAGUUGGAUAAGCUCAAAAAGACAUUGAAUAAAGCGAAAGAUCUGUUUAAGGCCAUUGAUGAUGCAGUUGAGAAGAUUCAGGAACUUCCAAAAUCAGAUCCGGAGAAAAAGGCAAAAGAGUUGUUCAGAAAAACUAGAAAGGUGAAGAGGGAAAAACUAAACCUUACAAGAGAAUUAAUGUUCCCCCAAAGAACUGGACAACUUCCACAUCUUCCACAACUGGAGCUCCUCAAGGAACUCCGAUGCUUAUGA